AUGGCUUCCCGGGAGAUCAAGUCACCCGAGCCGCUCCCCGACCCCGUGACUCCGGUGAGCGUAGAGGCGCCUCAGCAGAGGAAGCGGCUCGGUCUGUACUUUCUUGAAUCCGACGACAGGAGGACGGCUCUUGGGGGCGGUUACACUGGAGGAGCAACGCCGGUGAGCAUCCGCGGGAAGCCACUUUCUGAGCUCAGCGUGUCCAAGACCGGUGGCUGGCUUGCUGCUUUCUUCAUCUUUGGGAAUGAAAUGGCAGAGAGAAUGGCUUACUUUGGUUUGUCUGUGAACAUGGUGGCGUUCAUGUUCUACGUGAUGCACCGCCCUUUUGAGGCCUCUGCUAACGCAGUCAACAACUUCUUAGGGAUAUCGCAGGCGUCAUCCGUGCUUGGUGGUUUCCUCGCAGACGCAUAUCUUGGGAGAUACUGGACCAUAGCCAUCUUUACCACCAUCUAUCUUGCAGGUCUAACAGGGAUCACAUUGUGUGCAACCAUAACUAGUCUGAUGCCAAAUCAAGACAAAUGUGAUCAGAUUGCCCUUCUCUUUGGCAACUGUGAGCCUGCAAAGCCAUGGCAGAUGCUUUACCUCUACGUAGUUCUCUACGUUACUGCAUUUGGAGCCGCAGGGAUUAGGCCGUGCGUUUCUUCAUUUGGGGCGGACCAAUUUGACGAAAGAAGCAGGGACUACAAGAAGCAUCUUGACAGAUUCUUUAACUUCUUCUACCUCUCAGUCACCAUCGGAGCAAUUGUGGCAUUCACAGUAAUAGUGUACAUUCAGAUAAAACACGGAUGGGGUAGCGCCUUUGGUUCGUUAGCCGCAGCUAUGGGCAUUUCGAACCUGGUUUUCUUUAUCGGAACCCCUCUUUAUAGGCACAGGUUACCUGGUGGAAGCCCCCUCACCCGGGUGGCACAAGUCCUGGUUGCCGCCUUUAGGAAGAGAAAAGCUUCGUUUCAGAGCAGCGAGAUAGUUGGCUUGUACGAGCUUCCUGGCAAAAGAUCAGCCAUAAAGGGUAGCAGCAAGAUCGUACACACAGAUGACUUCAGAUGCUUGGACAAGGCAGCUCUGAAGCUGAAAGAAGACGGCGUUGAUGCGAGCCCAUGGAGGCUCUGUACAGUCACACAAGUUGAGGAGAUAAAAAUCCUUAUCAAACUGGUCCCAAUUCCAGCUUGCACCAUUAUGCUCAACCUUGUCUUAACAGAAUUUCUAACUCUAUCAGUACAGCAAGCGUACACAUUAAACACUCACAUGGGCCGUCUAAAGCUGCCCGUAACGUGCAUGCCCGUCUUCCCUGGACUCAGCAUAUUCCUUUUGCUCUCAUUGUAUUACUCAGUGUUUGUUCCAUUAUCCCGGAAAAUAACAGGCCAUCCUCACGGUGCUUCCCAACUGCAACGGGUGGGCAUCGGCUUGGCUGUCUCCAUUGUGUCCGUGGCAUGGGCUGGACUCUUCGAGAGGUACAGGAGACAUUAUGCCAUAGAAAACGGCUACGAGGUUAGUUUCCUGACCCCCAUGCCGGACCUGAGUGCAUACUGGCUGCUCAUACAGUAUUGCUUGAUCGGCAUUGCUGAGGUUUUCUGCAUUGUCGGAUUAUUGGAGUUUCUCUAUGAAGAGGCGCCGGACGCCAUGAGAAGCAUAGGAUCUGCAUACGCUGCGGUUGCUGGUGGGUUGGGUUGUUUUGCAGCCACCAUACUCAACAACAUUGUCAAGUCUGUCACGGGCGAUGAAGAGAAAAGAAGACCCUCUUGGCUGUCUCAGAAUAUAAACACGGGCCGAUUUGAUCAUUUCUACUGGCUGCUUACAGUCAUGAGCGUGAUCAAUUUCGGAGUGUUUUUGUUCGCAGCACAUAGGUAUCAAUACAGAGCAAAGCAGGUGACAGAGAUAAGAGAACAAGCAAUCAUGCAACUUAGCACCAGGGAUCAUACAGUACCUUAGUAUUUGUUUCUGUAGUCUGAUGUUAUAAUUCCUUCUUCCAAUUUAAUGUAAAUGUAACUGUAACCGGUGUCUUCAAUCAAGUACCGUACCUUUAAAGGUCAUCGUCUUAA